UCAUUGUCAUAUAUUGCAGUGGUUUCAUGAAGCUUACUCAGGUCCCUGCAUCCUCAUUACAACUUCUACCUGUGUAAACAUCUGUGAUUGUAGUUUGUGUGAUAUUUAAAAUAUUAAAAUAGAAUCAGAAUAAAAUGAAAAAGAUGUGAAAAAGCUGUGGAGCUUCAUUACAGGUCAGGUAAUUAGAUUCCAUCCGUUAUGUAACUGCUGCCUUCCUCUUUAGAUGACAGGAACUGCAUUAAGCAUACAUGCUUUAAAAAAAGCAGCACGGAUCUAGGAGGAAUUCAGCAGUAAUAUGAUCGUUCCACACGACUUGGAUCAUCUUCCAGUAAAUUUAGUGUAUUGAUGCAGCCCUAAGAGGAAGGAUGACCUGUAUUCGGAAGGUGAAGAGGGGUGUUACUGUUUGAGGAAUUAAAAGUCCUCCCAGUCGUUCUCUCGUACAGACGGAGCAGGAGAUCAUGGAGACUGGAUCUGUCGCUUUCUCAAGGGACUUUGAAUCGUUCGUUUCUAAUGGCUCCUCUACAAGUUCCUCCAUCAUGUUCAACAGCAGCAUGCAGAGUCCCUCGCCCGAAGAAUCAUACCUGGUGCUGGGGAAACCACGUCAUUCGUUCGGGACUGUAGGGGUGGUCUUCAUCAUACUUAUCACUAGCUGCAUCAGCCUGCUAACAGUCCUGGGCAACGUCCUCGUUCUGCUUUCAUUCAAAGUCAACCGCAAUCUCCGAACCAUCAACAACUACUUCCUUUUUAGUCUUGCUUGUUCGGACCUUAUCGUCGGGGUUUUCUCCAUGAAUCUCUACAUUGUGUACGCCGUAAAGGGAUAUUGGCCUUUGGGACCGCAGAUGUGUGAUUUGUGGUUGGUUGUAGAUUACGUGGUGAGUAACGCCUCUGUGAUGAACCUCCUGCUGAUCUGCUUUGACCGGUACUUCUGCGUGACCCGGCCUCUGAGUUACCCAGCCAAACGUACAGCAAGGUGGGCUGGGGUGAUGAUUGCUGCGGCUUGGUUACAGUCUCUGCUUCUCUGGGCUCCAGCCAUCCUGCUUUGGCAGACUGGGCAGGACAGGAGCAAGGUCCCGGAGGGACAAUGUUAUAUCCUGCUCCUCGCCAACCCUGCCGUUACCCUGGCAACCACCAUCCCAGCGUUCUACAUUCCCGUUGUGAUAAUGGUGGUACUGUACACACGGAUAUCCCUGGCCAGUCAGAGACGAGUUCAUAAGUUGAAGCCUGAAUUCGCAAACCUGCUUGAACCGUCUAAGGCAAGUGGAGGAACAUCAGCUGCAAACCCUGACCUAGUGAAUGACAUUAAACCCAAUGAAACAUGCUCAUUUAAACUAGAUUCAGAGCUCAUUAGAAUGAAACACCCUUCUUCUGCAGAGUUCAGCAAAAUGGACUACUCCUUGGAUUCAAGUCCUGAUGCCUCUGUGGAAGAGCUGGAUGCAGAAACCUCGAGACAAUGCAGGACAAUGCAACCUCACUGUCUUCAAAACCAUACUACCAUUCAGGUUCAAAGUCAAGCAUCCAAGGUUGUCUCCAAGAAUGCCAGACAGAAGGCUCUUAGAGAAAGGAAGGUGACAAAGACCAUCCUUGCCGUUCUUUUGGCCUUCAUUGUAACUUGGACGCCUUAUAGUGUUAUGGUUCUGAUUGGUACCUUCUGCCGCUGGUGUGUCCCUGAAAUUCUAUGGAUGGUGGGUUACUUUAUGUGCUACGUCAACAGCAUGGUAAAUCCAGUGUGCUACGCGCUCUGUAACGCCACCUUCAAAAGAACCUUUAAACGACUGUUGAUGUGCAAGUUCAGAAAUCUGGCAUCAAAAUGAGUCAAACUUCAUCCUCUUAUCAAUGAAUCCUAGCGAACCAACGAGGAACCUGAUUCUCUCAAACGUUUCGUGAAUGUGAAGCUGUUUUACUAGAGCCAAAAGCGAUGUUGGUUGACGUUAUUGGUGUUUAUCAUGUUGCUGGUGUUGUUUGCGAAUGUAUUCUUACGCCAACAGUUUGUGCGAAUCAAUGCGAUAGAUUACAAAAGACACCUAUUCUAGUUUUGUGAGCAUGAUGAUGGUCUACUAGAGCCACAAGUGUAAAUAAAGUGAAGUAUGUUGUAUGCAUUAAAUGUAUCAAAGUCAUUAAGUUCUUUAAGUACUUUAACCAAAGUAAAAAUUAAAACAAAUGUUUGUAUUUUAAUAUUCAUCAGGGCACUAUGAUUGCAUUUGUUCUAAGAAUUUUAUGGCACAUCGUAAAGUUUUUAUUUUUUUUAUUUUUAAUUUAAGUUACAGUUUGUAAGACUA